AUGCCUUAUGAAGACCCCUUCAAACCUGACGACGCUAUUAGGUCCGUCUCCACUUUUUUACCUACAACUUCUGCUUUGCCAUCUCCAACUUCAUCUCCAUCUAUCCUCUCAACUUCUCCUGUCCGUCAUGUCAAAUUCAAACCCUCUUUUAAAGAUACUUUAGGUCUCUACGGCGCCAUCCUCUUUGUCAUCACUGCCAUCAGUGUCAUUUCCCUCUAUGUCAUCUUCGCCGCCUGGUCAUAUCGCAAAAACAAAAACCUUCGUACUCCUCCUGUUCUUUUAACUGCAGAUGCCAAACGUGUUGCCGAAGUCCAGGCUGAACGUGAAGCUGAAUCUAAAUCAAGCCCUCUAAUCUCUUCCACUGAAUCUUCUUCUCCUGAAUCCUCGCCCACCAACCACGGCUUCUUGUUACCCGCAUACGGCGCUCAAACGGCGGCUGCUAGAAGAGCCCUUGCUGUCAACUCCCUAGCCCCGGGCCACUACACAAACUACAACUUUGCUCUUGCUCGGUCCCCAUCCCCUGUCCCCACAAGCCUACUCAUUGACGAUACGACCCUUACUUUGGCCCCUGAAGACGUACCCGAAGCCCUCACUGGUGACUUUGAUCCCUCGGCCGCCCGCUUUGAUGACCCAAGGAAAAAAUACAUUCGCAAACGUAACAUCCUCUUUGGAUUCUUCCAUCCUUAUGCUAACGCAGGCGGCGGCGGCGAGCGCGUCCUGUGGGCCGCUGUCAAAGCUACCCUCGAGGCUGCCCCCCAGAAUGUGUGUGUGGUAUACACGGGGCUUGACACGCGUGAAGAACCUCCAGAAAAACUUGCAGAACAACAACAACAACAACAACAACAACAACAGCAACAGCAACAGCAACAACCUCCCUCAAACCCUGCAACAAUUAAUGAACCUACAAGUAUCUUGGCCUCGGCUUCAAGAAGAUUCGGCCUAGAAGUAGACCCCAAACGCGUACUGUUUGUGUAUCUCCCCAGGCGCCACCUUGUUGAUCCGCGCACAUACCCGCGAUUUACCCUCAUUGGCCAGGCAAUUGGGUCGGCUAUUCUUGCUGGCGAAGCCAUGGCUCGUCUAGUCCCCGAUGUGUUUGUCGACACCAUGGGCUAUCCGUUUGCGUACCCAUACGUUUCUGCCAUCACUGGAAUCCCAAUUGCAGCAUAUGUGCACUAUCCUGUCAUUUCAUCCGAUAUGAUUUCUGCCAUGGUUGCCAAUGUUGAUAACGUUGACAAACAAGAGCACCAUGUGAAAAGAAAUGCAAAAGAUGAUAGCCCUGCUACUGCAGCGGUCGGAGCAGCCAUAAGAACUGCUAAAUAUCUCUACUGGCAAGCUUUUGCACUCGCUUACACUUACGCAGGUUCUUACGUUUCCGUGGUCAUGGUCAACUCCUCUUGGACACUGGCCCACAUGCGCCGCCAAUGGGCUCUGGGUCAUACAUCCUCCAUUGGUAAUGCAGUCGCUGGGUCCCGAAUUCAAACUGUCUACCCGCCCUGUGCCACCCAAGAUCUUGAUUCUGCUCCCAUUUCAGACCCCCGCAGUAAUACCGUGGUAUAUGUUGCCCAGUUCCGCGCAGAGAAGCGUCACGAGCUGGUGUUACGCGAGUUUGCGCGAUUCCGCGACGCGUUUGUGGCUGCUCAAACCGCCGCACUAAAGCCUGAAGCAAACGCGUCCCCACUUUCGUCACGCAUUGCCGCGCUCUACCCACCAAAACUCGUACUUGUUGGCUCCAUCCGUAACGACACGGACCGCCGUGCCGUGUAUCAUUUACGGCUCUUGGCGCGUGAGCUUAAAUUGGUGGAUGUCCGUGAUGUUGAAUUUGUUUUAGAUGCACCCUGGCCCGCCGUCACAGAACUGCUGCGCUCCGCAUCCAUUGGUGUUAAUGCUAUGUGGAACGAACAUUUCGGUAUGGUUGUUGUCGAGUAUAUGGCUGCAGGCUUAAUCCCCGUGGUUCACAACUCUGGCGGCCCCAAGCUUGACAUUGUGGUGCCGUUUGCUGGAACCCAAGAAGCCGCGGACCACGAGGCCUUACCCACUGGCUUUUUGUUCCGCGCACCACAGGACCCCAAGCACGAUUACAGCCUUGAGGACGGGUCCAAACACAAGUAUGCAGAGACCGUGGCCACAAUCGAUAACACGGAUCCCGUUGACACCCAAACACUAAACCCGGAACACCUCAAUAACCCUGGCGUACAGGACUUGGCAGACUGCUUGUUUGUAGCCUACACACUUCCUCAAGACAUCCAACAGGGCUUCCGCUCAAGAGCGCGCCAGGCUGCUAGCCGGUUUUCCGAUGCCGCAUUUGCUGCUCACUGGGCGUCUCGUGUCGAUAUUCUCCUUAAGCUUGAGAAACGUCGUCGCCAUGAGCGUCUCUCUCGAAGUAUUGUCUACUAG